GUAAAGCUGUGUAUAAUUCGCCCGCGCGAAAACAGCCCACACGAACGGAGAAUAUAUAGCAACUCCGUCGAUCGAAUUACCAACUUCUUCUACACAGAAUUCCAGGUGGAUGAGAUCCGUAAAAAUUGCUGGUACGCAGAUCUCUCUCUGCUGAAUUGAUUAACCACUUCGUUUCAUUAAAUUUCGGUACAAGUUUGAGGCUAUUUGCGCGUGUGAUUUGUCCUUCAUUACGAGAAUGUAACUUCGAUAACUAGGAUUUCUUGGACUUGUUGGCCAUGGGUUCUGCAAAUGGAUUACUGGGUUACGGGGGGAAGCAACCUCUUCUUUCUUUUGGGGUGAUAUCAGAUGUUCAGUACGCUGAUAUUCCUGAUGGCCGUUCAUUCUAUGGUGUUCCCAGGUAUUAUCGACACAGCAUUCUUGUAUUGCAAAGGGCAGUCCAGAAAUGGAACAACUUACAGAAGCUUAAAUUCACUGUCAACUUUGGGGACAUAGUUGAUGGGUUUUGCCCCAAAGACCAAUCUCUCAGUUCCGUUGAGAAAGUCGUUCGUGAAUUCGAGAUUUUCAAUGGCCCAGUCUAUCACAUGAUUGGAAAUCACUGCCUUUACAAUCUCCCUCGUGACAAAUUGCUGCCAAUACUGAAAAUUCCUACUCUUGAUGGCCGCGCAUACUAUGAUUUUUCUCCGGUCCCAGAAUUCAGAUUUGUAGUUCUUGAUGGAUAUGAUAUUAGUGCCAUUGGUUGGCCUCAAGAACAUCCAAACAGCAUAUUGGCAUUGAAAUUUCUCAGGGAGAAAAACCCUAAUUCAGAGAAGAACAGUCCCGAAAAUCUUAUAGGUUUGGAGAGAAGGUUCCUCAUGUUCAAUGGAGCUGUUGGGAAAGAACAGUUAGAAUGGCUUGAUAGCGUGCUUCAAGAUGCAACAAAAACUAAACAAAAAGUUGUUGUCUGUUGCCAUCUGCCUUUAGAUCCAGGUGCAUCAUCUAAAGAAGCACUUCUGUGGAAUUACGAUGAAGUCAUGGAUGUGGUACACCGUUACAAUUGCGUGAAAGUUUGCCUAGCUGGACAUGAUCAUAAGGGUGGACACUCGAUCGACUCGCAUGGGGUACACCACCGAGUCCUUGAAGCGGCCCUGGAGUGCCCUCCCGGCACAGAUGCCUUUGGCCACGUAGAUGUUUUUCAUGACAGGUUAUUGCUUUUCGGAACUGAUCAAAUGGAAAGCACCGAGAUGAUUUUCACUCCUUAGAAAAGCUGUACAAGAUAUCGAUGCGCUGAGAAUUUACCUCUCAUUCUUUUUCUUUCCCCAAAAUGACGUCGAAAGUACAUUGUUGUAAAUUACAAGGCAUAGAGUGCUCCAUAUUGUAGUGGGUUUCCUUGCCAUCAAUAAAAAUAGCAGCUAGCAACAUUCACUUGUUAAAGAGCUUACGAUGCUACUGAACAUGUUCUAUAUCUCAAAAGGCUACCUGGGAUUUGAGUUUGCUGGAUGUCUUAUGAUCAAACAAUUCAUUUAUUCUCUUA